UUGUGAUAAGACAGACGAUCGUGGGAAAAAGUAAUUGAGAAAAUUCUCAUUGCUUCAAUAAAUUGUUCAGUUUAUGAGUGAAAAUUCAAAAGUGCAACAAUUUCUAAAAGCAACAGGUUGCAAAAUAUAUUCUGGGAAUACUUUGGUGGAUUAACAGCACAACAGCAUCGUCCGUUUGUUAUCUUACAUCUUUAUAAUCCAAAAUGGAUGAAAUGAGUGACAAAAAAGAAAAAGUGACACCAACUCGAAGGACAAAUAAGCCACUGAUGGAAAAGCGACGUCGCGCAAGAAUAAAUGACUGCCUCGUGCAACUGAAAAGUCUCGUGCUACAAGCCAUGAAUAAAGACACGACACAGUAUUCUAAGCUGGAAAAGGCCGACAUCUUGGAAAUGACUGUCAAACAUUUGAAGAUAGUGCAGCGGCAGCAAAUGACUGCUGCUAUGGCUACCGACCCAAAUGUGAUCAGCAAGUACCGGGCUGGAUUUAACGAGUGCGCAUCUGAAAUAGCACGUUACCUAGAUACGGUCAACGGUGGUAACCCAGAACUAAAGGCACGUGUAAUGAACUAUUUGGGAAACAGUAUGAUGCAGUUUCCAGUCAUUCCAGUCUACCAAGGCGUCGUUCCGCCGUAUCAUAUACAAAUGACGUCACCAGCGACGUCACAUGCCGGCUUUGGUAUGCCAUCGUACUCACACGGGAACAACGCUUUCAGUUCUCCACACCAGCAUCCUCAAUCACAUCUAAACAAACACAGUCGUGAAUUUCUUGCAUACUCACACGGCAAUGACAGUGCAGUCAAACUUGAACCGUCGCCGGUUAACGUCAAUGUAGACAUUGCUUCACAUAUGACGUCACAUACAACGUCACCGAUACGACGUAUUCCGUCACCUUGUGAUUCAGACAGCGGAUUAAGGAGUGAUAGCUCUUUCUCACAUGACGAAAAUGGAAAUUAUUCACACUACAACAUUAAUCAAGAUCUCAAAAAUGAAAAUGAAGCCAGACAUAAAGUUGACAUGGAAUAUAGACAUAGUGAUAGCAAAAUUGGAUUACACGGUCACAAAUCCGAACAAAGUAGACAUAGCCCACCUAAACGAAAAAAUAACUCGUGCAAUGAGAGUUUACCAAAGCGCCUCCGACCAAAUGAAAACGUGACAUUGGAAAACGAGACAGUCAGCUCUGCACGUGACGCCCGCGAGAAUGAUCCAAUGUGGCGUCCUUGGUGA